AUGUACUAUUUAACCCUUUUAAUUAAAAUAUUUCAGUUCACACUCAUAAGAAAGUACGGUUAUCCAUGCGAAAUACAUCGAGUGUACACGGAAGACAAAUAUGUAUUGGAGUUGCAUAGGAUUCCACAUGGGAAGCGUAACAGCUCACAAAAAAGAAAAUCCGUAGUAUUCUUACAACACGGCCUCCUAUCUUCGUCUGCUGAGUGGAUACUUAUGGGACCAGAAAAGGGCCUGGGUUAUUUAUUAGCCGACGCUGGUUACGACGUCUGGAUGGGUAACGCCAGAGGCAAUACAUAUUCGCGCAAUCAUGUAACUCUGAAGCCAACUUCUGCAGCCUUUUGGAAGUUUAGCUGGCAUGAGAUUGGGUAUUACGAUCUUCCAGCUAUGAUUGACUAUGUAUUGGGCGAAACAGGGGUUCCUAAGAUCCAAUAUGUCGGAUUCUCACAAGGUACCACAGCAUUUUGGGUGAUGACUUCAACUAAGCCGGAAUACAAUGAUAAAAUAAAAGCGAUGCAGGCAUUGGCACCGGUUGGAUAUGUCGGAAAUAUUAGGAGUCCACUAAUAAGAGCCAUUGCGCCUUUUACAAAUUCAUUAGAGACUAUAUUACGAUUAUUAGGUCAAAACGAGUUCUUAGCUAAUGGCAAAAUAAACGAAUUAGCUGGUAAAAGCUUAUGUCUCGAGGAAGCUGUGACGCAAAGCAUUUGCACUAACUUGCUCUUUCUUCUGUGCGGGUAUAAUGAAGCACAAUUAAAUAAGACCAUGCUACCAGUAAUUUUAGGGCACACACCAGCAGGUUCGUCAACAAGGCAAAUUAUUCAUUUCGGACAACUAUUCAACUCUAAGAAGUUUAGAAACUUCGAUCAUGGAUGGAUAUCAAAUAAACGAAUAUAUGGAACAUUUAAGCCACCAGAAUACAAUCUAAGCGCGAUAACCGCGCCGAUUUUCCUUCAUUACGGCGAUAACGAUUGGCUUUCUACUACAGACGACGUUGAUAAAUUGUUGCAUGAAAUUAAUUCGGUAGUCGGAAAAUAUAGAGUACCGCUCGAUGAAUUCAAUCACCUUGAUUUCGUAUUCGCAAUUGAUGUUUAUAAACUGUUAUACAAACGCAUGAUGAAUAUUAUGUCACGUUUCAUGUAAAUAAAAAAUCUCUAACUAUGA